CUGGGCAUCUACCUGGCUGCCCUCCUGGGAAAUGGCCUCAUCAUCACCGCCAUAGUCUGCGACCACCACCUCCACAGCCCCAUGUACUUCUUCCUCCUCAACCUCUCCCUCCUUGACCUGGGCUCCAUCUCCACCACUCUCCCCAAAGCCAUAGGCAAUUCCCUCUGGGACACCAGGGCCAUCUCCUUUGCAGGAUGUGCUGCUCAGCUCUUUCUGUUUGUCCUUUUCAUGUCAGCAGAGUUUUAUCUUCUCACCAUCAUGGCCUAUGACCGCUACAUUGCCAUCUGCAAACCCCUGCACUAUGGGACCCUCCUGGGCAGCAGAGCUUGUGUCCACAUGGCAGCAGCUGCCUGGGGCAGUAUUUUUUUCUAUGCUGUGCUGCACACAGCCAAUACAUUUUCAAUACCACUCUGCCAAGGCAAUGCUGUGGACCAGUUCUUUUGUGAAAUUCCACAGAUCCUCAAGCUCUCCUGCUCAGACGGCUACCUCAGCGAGGUUGGGUUUAUUGUUGUUACUGCUUGUUUCAGUUUUGGGUGUUUUGUUUUCAUCGUGCUGUCCUAUGUGCAGAUCUUGAGGGCCGUGCUGAGGAUCCCCUCUGAGCAGGGACGGCACAAACCCUUUUCCACAUGCCUCCCUCACCUAGCUGUGGUCUCCCUGUUCCUCAGCACUGGCAUAUUUGCCUACCUGAAGCCCCCCUCCAUCUCUUCCCCAUCCCUCGACCUGUUGGUGUCAUUUCUGUACUCGGUGAUGCCUCCAGCAGUGAACCCCCUCAUCUACAGCAUGAGGAACGUGGAGCUGAAGGAGGCCCUAAGGAAACUGAUGCAAUGGACAUUGCUCCAUCAACAAUAA